AGAUGAUCUUGCAACAACAGCAUCGUCGGCACAGUUGGAAGUCGCUUCGCCCACUCCCCUCCAACGCCUCCGCACUUCCUUUUCCAGGCGCUCUCGUCGUCGCAAAUCCACACAUGCGGCGUCCGAUUUCUCUUCCCAGGUGAUGCCCUGCCGGCAUGGAGUGCCGCUCGUUGGUUGCCGAUGGCUCCCCCUCCGCCGGCCCGGCCACCACUGGUAUUCGACCGCCACCGGUGGCCCGUCAACGGCGCACAUGGCUUGGCUGGUCCGGUUGGCGUCUGGUGCUGGGGUGCAUGGCCCUCGCGCUCCUUCUCGGCCAAUGGCCCGCAGCUGCAGCCAUGCGAGCGGACCACGUGAGGGCCCUUCGCCGGGAAACCGUUGACAUGUUCUACCAUGGCUUCGACAAUUACAUGCGGAUCGCGUUCCCCGAGGACGAGCUGCGUCCAGUGUCUUGCACUCCGCUCUCUCGAGACGCCAAGAACCCGCGCAACGUCGAGCUCAACGAUGUCUUGGGCAACUACUCGCUCACGCUGAUCGACAGCCUCUCGACCUUGGCCAUCCUCGCGUCUGCCCCUGCCGACGAUCGCGGUACCGGACCGAGGGCGCUGAGAGACUUCCAGAAUGGGGUGGCUGCCUUGGUCGAACAGUAUGGGGACGGCCGCCCUGGCCCCUCGGGAGUGGGCCUGCGUGGGCGUGGGUUCGACGUCGACAGCAAGGUGCAGGUGUUUGAGACGGUGAUACGCGGCGUCGGGGGACUGCUGAGCGCCCACCUGUUCGCCAUCGGCGCCCUACCCAUCACCGGGUACAGCCCUCGCCGUCCCGGCGAUGAUCUCCUGAACCCCGUUCCUGUCGUCUGGCCAAGCGGGUUUAAGUAUGAUGGCCAGCUGCUGAGGCUCGCUCUCGAUCUUGCCCAGAGGCUUCUACCUGCGUUCUACACCAAGACGGGCAUGCCGUAUCCGCGGGUCAACCUCCGCCACGGCAUUCCGUUCUACACCAACUCACCCCUGCACGACGAACAUGCACCAGCGGGCGCGGCCGAGGGACCGCCUGAGAUUACCGAGACGUGCAGUGCCGGCGCCGGCUCCCUUGUUCUCGAAUUUACCGUGCUCAGCCGCCUCACCGGCGACCCCCGGUUCGAGCAGCUGGCGAAGCGGGCAUUCUGGGCUGUUUGGAGCAGAAAGAGCCAGAUAGGGUUGAUUGGCGCCGGGGUCGACGCGGAGCAAGGUCAUUGGAUAGGCUCCUACUCUGUGAUCGGCGCAGGCGCCGAUAGCUUCUUCGAGUAUGCCCUCAAAUCCCACAUCCUGCUCUCGGGCCAUGCGCUUCCCAACCGGACGGCCGUACCACCCAAUACCGGUGGCGAGUGGCUGGAUCCCAACGCGCUGUUCCCUCCGCUGAGUGAUGACGAGAAUUCGCCCGACGCAUUCCUCGAUGCCUGGCAUCACGCACAUGCUGCCAUCAAGCGGCACCUCUACAGCGAGCGUGAUCAUCCCCAUUACGAAAAUGUCAAUCUGUGGACGGGCUCCCUGGCGUCCAGCUGGGUCGACAGCCUCGGGGCGUAUUACUCAGGCCUGCUCGUCCUUGCCGGUGAGCUGGACGAGGCCAUCGAGACGAAUCUACUCUACGCUGCCAUUUGGACACGCUACGCCGCGCUCCCUGAACGAUGGUCCAUUCGGGACAAGACGGUCGAGGGCGGCCUUGGCUGGUGGCCGCUGAGGCCCGAGUUCAUCGAGUCAACCUACCACUUAUACCGCGCCACGAGAGACCCGUGGUAUCUCUAUGUCGGAGAGAUGGUGCUGCGGGAUAUCUCGAGGAGGUGCUGGACUCCCUGCGGCUGGGCGGGACUACAGAACGUCUUGAACGGCGAGAAGAGCGAUCGCAUGGAGAGCUUCUUCCUUGGGGAGACCGCCAAGUACCUGUACCUGCUUUUCGACGAGCAACACCCUCUCAAUUCGCUCGAUGCUGCUUUCGUCUUCACUACCGAGGGCCACCCCCUUGUCAUCCCCAAGGCCGCAUCAAAGGAGCGAUCCCGACCUCUUUCGCGUUCUGACACAACAGAUCUAGCCAUUCAACGCGACGGAACAUUCAUCGACUCCUGCCCGCCGCGCCCCGCCACCACCCCGCUCACCGGCUCCGUCAUAGCUGCCAGGGACGACAUUUACCACGCUGCUCGUAUGCUGGAUUUGCAUCAGCUGUCCACUUCGCCACGCCUCAGUAUCGAUGGAGGGCAGAUGUCGGGCCAGCACAUGGCUCGAUCAAACUUCACCCUCUUCCCGUGGACGCUUCCCUCGGAAAUGCUGCCCAGCAACGGCACCUGCGCCAAGGUCCACCACCCGGAGGAGCUCACCCUAGAGUUUGCGUCGGAUGCCGGACAGAUGGUCGGCGCGAGCGCAUUCAACUUCAUGCUAGGCAGCCAAAACAUGGAACGUUUGACUGCAGAUCGCAUCCGUGUCUCUAGUCUGUCCGGUCUGAAGAUCACCAUGCAUCUCGAGGAGGACGUGGAACGUGUAUGGCGAGUCACUAAGCUCAACGGCGUCCCCUUGGGACGCGAUGAAUUUGCCGUCUUCGACCGGGCCAUACUCGGCGAGCUUUCUGAUCCCCGGUUCAGCCUGGUUCGAGACCCCGUCAUCGCAAAACUCCAGCACCUGCACCAGAUCGAUCUCCUCGACAAUGCCACCGCCAGCGACGACCAGGCGCACACGCAGGAUGCCGACGAGGAACUACCGUUCCAACCGCUGGAGGACCCCGACCGUUCCCCCGUCCUCGCGGAGCUCGGCUCCCUCGUGAAAUCCCUCUUCACCCGCAUGGCCGCAACCCUCGACAUCCAACUGCCCACCUCCCUCCCAUCCACAGCCACGGCCUUGCUCCCCCUCAACCUCGUCAUCAACCAAACCGCCAUCACCGCCGCCGGCGUCGGCGCCGCACCGCUCCCCCCCACGGCCGCUCCCGGAGGGGCGCGCAUCUCCGCCUUUGGCCCGGUGCCGGAGCGUCUCCUGCCCUGGACAACCAUCUACGCAGCGGGCGACGCGUGCGCCGGCCCGCUCCCAGACUCGGCGCCCCGCGACCACCAAAUCAUCCUCAUCCGCCGCGGCGGGUGCAACUUCUCCGCCAAACUUGCCAACAUCCCCGCGCACCCGCCGUCCCCGUCCUCCCUGCAGCUCGUGGUCGUGGUAUCGGACGAGGAGGACGACGGGGCCGAGUACCGCGCCUACGCGCGCUCCCAAGCCGGGGCCGGGCUGGUGCGGCCGUUGCUGGACGAGGUGCAGCGCACGCCGGGCGGGAUGCCGCGGCGGAAUCCGAUCGCCAUGGUCAUGGUUGGUGGCGGCGAGGUGGCCUAUCAGCGACUGAGGAUGGCGGCGCGAGUCGGGCUAGCUCGGCGGUAUUUUGUCGAGAGCCAGGGCUUGAGGAUAAGGAAUAUCAUUGUUGAUGAGGGAGAUGCGGGUGUGAACUUGUGAAAGCAUGAACUUGAAGCAUGUGCUUGUAUGUACAUACCUACAUAUCUCGUUGAAGCGGUGGAAGAGCGUAUGAUAGAUACUGCAUGGUUAGAAGUACAGUACAUAUCAUCAAGAAACGACCUUAAAUUUAGCGUUUAAGUGUAAGCUCG